GCUGCGUCCAUCAUGAGAAGAGACACAGUAUCUGACUAUCCCAACGGAAGCACCACAUUCGUACGCAUCGUAGCGGUAAUUGAAUAGAGCUUAUCACUGGUCAGCGUUUUCCGCCUUGUUUGCUGUUUUUAUUGAUGCGAAAGCGUGAUGCGGUCCGACAGUUGCUUUAAUCCAGUCCAGCUGUAAGCAAUUAUAGUUCAUACUUUGUAACUCGAAUGACAACCUGUAGCGACAACUUCGUCUGAUAAUCAGACUGACUGUUGUUCGUCGUCAAGGAAACGUUUCCGUCGUACUGAACCUGUUGCAGAAGAUGUCAAAAAAUGCAGGCAGUCCGGUGCAAGCAGAAAUGCCGCGAGUGUCUCGAUUGGUGGAGAAUCAAAAUGACGAGCGUUUUAUCAACUACGACUAUCGAGAAUCGCCACCGAGGGAAGUUUUGUUUUGGUUGCGACAGCGGGCCAGAGUACUAUGGAGCUAUUCGAUGGUAAAAAAAUGUCUUCCGGUACUGUCCUGGUUGCCGAAGUAUCAGUGUUCGUACUUUCUGUACGAUUUAAUAGCGGGCGUCACCGUGGCGUUAACUGCUAUCCCUCAAAGCAUCGCGUACGGCAUUCUAUCCAACCUGGGCCCACAGUACGGGCUGUACUCGAACAUUUUGGGCUGCCUGGCGUACGCUGUGUUCGGUAGUGUGAAGGAUGUUACGAUCGCUCCAACAUCGCUCACCGCCAUAAUGGUGCAGGACAUUGUGAAGGAGCUGGAGUAUGGCACGGCCCUGCUCACAUUCCUGGCCGCUGUGGUAACAAUCUCCUUCGGUGCCUUAAAUCUGGGCGUGCUCGUCAGAUUCAUUUCGAUCCCGGUGGUGAUGGGCUUCACUUCCGCUGCCUGUUUGACGAUCGGAAGCGCACAAAUACGCUCCCUGCUGGGCAUUAAAACUCAAGGCAGGCGAAGCGAUUUCGUUACCUCCUGGACAAACGUAUUCACCCAUCUCGAUGAGGUCCGAACGGCCGAUUGUGUGCUCGGCUGUUGUUCGAUUCUAAUGCUCUGUUCGCUGCGGCUAACAAAAGACUUGGGCGAAGGCAGAUGGCGAACUUUUUUCAAAUACUUGGCACUGUUGCGAAAUGCGCUGAUUGUGGUGCUGGGAGCCACACUGGCAUACUGCUUGACGACCGACACGGACAACCCCGUUUUCAAUCUGACCGGGCAUGUUCCGGCCGGAUUGCCCAGCUUCCAGGUGCCUCCGUUUUCCUACACGAAUGAAAAUGGCACCGUGUACAGCUUUGUCGAUAUGUUGGGCGUCAUGCGAACAUCCAUCAUUACGAUCCCGCUCGUUACCACACUUGAAAUAGUGUCGGUCGGGAAAGCGUUUUCGAGGGGGAAAAUCAUAGAUGCAACACAGGAAAUGAUCGCGCUCGGCAUUUCCAAUCUGUUCGUCUCGUUCUGCUCCCCGCUGCCCGUAGCCGGUUCGUUCACCCGUUCGGCACUGAACCACAGCAGUGGCGUGCGAACGACGAUGAGCUGUGCGGUAACGGCUGUGAUGCUGACUCUGUCUCUGGCUUUGCUCACUAAUGCGAUAUUCUACAUUCCCAAGACAACGCUUGCAUCGGUCGUCAUUUCGGCGAUGCUGUUUAUGGUGGAUUACGAAGAGAUCGGUAACAUUUGGCGUACCAAGAAACUGGACAUGAUUCCAUUUUUGGCAACCGCACUGGCAUGUUUGUUCUACGAGCUGGACUACGGUAUUCUCGUGGGCAUCGGCAUCAACUGCUGCAUACUGCUGUAUCUGAUGUCCUGUCCGGGGUUAUCGGGCGAAGAGAUCCAGCUGGCUGGGCUGCGGAUACUGCUGGUAAAGAUUGAUCAAUCGCUCGCCUUUUCCUCGGCCGAAUGCUUGCGUGACUGGAUAAUGAAGCGCAUCGCGCAGCGUGAUAACAUCGAUCUGGUGGUGAUUGAUGGACAAAAUGUUCACUUUGCCGACACGACUGUUGCCAAGAACUUUGUCAACAUCGAGGAGGAUCUGAACACGCGACAUAUUCGGCUGCUACUAUGGCGCUUCCAGUCCAACGUGGCGCUAGCUCUGUUGCGCAUGCGGAAGGAGCUUUUCAUCGGAAUGCUGCGAGCAGAUUCGCAGCUACAGGAUGCCGUUGCGCGCUGGAAGUUUCUGAACCAAUAUCCACCGGAAGCCAACAAUUGAAUCGCUGCCAAUGGAGCGCAAAGGGGAGAUGCACCAAAUUAAAGCAGCAAAAGUUAGCAAAAUUAUUCGUCCAAAGAAAAUUAUCCACCGGACAGGUGGCCAAGUAAAACCAGAACAAACUAGGCGUACAAUAAACUAACUGUGGUUGGUUUUUAUUCGAAUA